AUAUAUAUGAGUAACCCGGCAUAUGUAUUCUCCCCCAAAACAAAAGGACUUAAUCUCAGCUUUGUCCUACAAGCCAAAGCAGAAGUUCUCUGGCAAAAAUUAAAGUUUCAGUUUCUGAAAUUAAGAAGAAAAGAGAAGAAAUCAUGGCAAAGUCCUUGUCAAGUCCGUCUCCAAACAAAUAUAACAUGACAACAGAGGAAGUGAUCACCAUGUUCCCAUCACGCAAAGAAGAAAAACAAAGCAGCAGCAAGUGUUUGGUGUAUGCUUUGGUUGUCCUUGUAGCCAUAUUGUUCAUUUGGCUUGUUUUUGCAUCUAUCGUGUUGCGCGUGGUUGAUCCCCAGAUUCAGUUGAAAUCAGCUAGAUUGAUGCACAACACUAAAAAUCAUAGUUUUUCAUCAACUUCUUCCUUGAACGUGACUAUGAUUGCUCGUGUGUCCCUCACGAAUCCAAACUUGUUCGGUCGCUUCUAUUACGGGAACAGUAGAGUGAGUGUGCUAUAUGGGGCUUCUAUAGUUGGUGCUUGGGAAUUGGAAGGUGCGAGAUUGGAGGGUAGAGAAACCAAAGAAAUCGAUUUCAUGGUUCACAUGAGGUUCAGCACUAAGCUAUUGGUAAUAAUGAGAAAUCUAACCAAUGACACUGCCCACUCUGACUCUGCAGGCAUGCUUAAACUCAGAAGCUACGCAAAAUUAAGUGGUACAGUGCACGUGCUGAACAUGGUAAAUAAAAAAAAGACCUUAGGAAUGGCUUGUAUUAUGAAUCUCAACCUGACCUCAUAUUCCACACAACAUUUCCAAUGCUAAUACCAACUAGCAAGGUUGUUAAUGUUCUUCGUUUUAUACUGUAUUAAUGUCAAAUCAUUAGAAAGUAAAUGUUUCAUAAUGAUCACACUAUUCAGGGCUUUAAUGAAGAAAUCAUAUUUAUCAAUAGUAGUA